CACCGGGGGUGCCGGGUUGGCGACUUUGGCACGCUUGGCGUUGGGUGCGCAGCAUCUUGGAGGUCACAUGAGCCAGUGUCAUUAUGCCUGUGGGCGCUGGGGUCAGGAUCGAGGCUUUUCCGGACGUUCAUCGGCCAAGAGGAAGGGCGGAAAGCACAUCCCGGAAAGAGUUUUGAAAAGAAUCUUGCUCCAGAAGAAUGUUUUUCCCCCUUGGAUCUUUUUUAACAAACUCCAAGAACAGAAUGAAGAACUUGGGCUGAUUAUUGACUUAACAUAUACUCGCCGCUAUUAUAAGCCAGAGUCUACUUUCUCCCACCACGGGAAUACCAGUUCUCAACAGUACCUGAAAUUUGCUCUAUUUCCUAAUUCAAAUCCAAGUUCUUCUGACUCUAUUCUACUAUUCUACUUAAAUCACAGCCGCUUUAUGGCCCUUGAAAUGUAAGAUAGAAGAUAAAUGUAGGUAGAACUGUUUAUAUUAUUUUGAGUUACAUGUGCAUUCAUUCACAUAGAUUUGCUUUUCCUUUUGAUGCCUAGUAACUGUCCAUUCUGCAGGUUUAAUGAAAAUCAAGUGAUACUUACUGGUUAAAGCAGCUUUGGAAAAAAUGGCUCUCAUCAGAAUGACUGACAUACUAAGUUUAAUGUACUCUCUUGGUUUAUAUUCUGCCUUCUCUAAUUAAUUUUUUAUUCUUUCCUUACAAAUGAAGUAAUACAUAUUUUCAUGGUUUUGCC